UCGGUUCUUAAGAGAAUAAAGUAACUUCCGGUUACAAAAAUGGGUCAGCAACAGUCUGGUGGUUCUGGAGGAGGAGGGGAGAAGAAAGAUGAUAAAGAAAAGAAGAAGAAAUAUGAACCACCAAUUCCAACACGUGUUGGCAAGAAAAAGAAGAAAAUGAAGGGGCCAGAUGCAGCAAGCAAAUUACCACAAGUGACACCGCACACCCGGUGUCGUUUGAAACUGCUGAAGCUGGAGCGGAUCAAAGAUUAUCUGCUGAUGGAGGAAGAGUUCAUCCGAAACCAGGAAAGACUUAAGCCCCAGGAGGAGAAACAUGAGGAAGAGAGGACAAAGGUUGAUGAGCUGCGUGGGUCUCCAAUGUCCGUGGGAAAUCUGGAGGAGAUAAUUGACGACAACCACGCCAUCGUGUCCACCUCUGUGGGCAGUGAGCACUAUGUAUCCAUUCUCUCAUUUGUUGACAAGGACCAGCUGGAGCCUGGAUGCUCUGUUCUACUUAAUCACAAGGUGCAUGCCGUUGUCGGAGUGUUGGGAGAUGACACAGACCCUAUGGUAACAGUCAUGAAGUUGGAAAAGGCUCCACAGGAGACAUAUGCUGAUAUUGGGGGGCUCGACACUCAGAUUCAGGAAAUCAAGGAGUCAGUGGAGUUGCCUCUUACCCAUCCAGAAUAUUAUGAAGAGAUGGGGAUCAAACCUCCAAAAGGUGUUAUAUUGUAUGGUGCGCCAGGCACAGGCAAAACUUUAUUGGCAAAAGCUGUGGCGAAUCAAACAAGUGCUACAUUUUUAAGAGUUGUUGGAUCUGAACUUAUUCAAAAAUAUCUGGGUGAUGGUCCCAAGUUGGUUCGUGAACUGUUCCGAGUGGCAGAGGAGCAUGCCCCAUCUAUAGUGUUCAUUGAUGAAAUAGAUGCUAUUGGUACUAAAAGAUAUGACUCCAACUCUGGAGGUGAGAGAGAAAUACAGAGGACAAUGUUGGAGCUUCUUAACCAGCUCGACGGCUUCGAUUCACGCGGAGACGUCAAGGUGAUUAUGGCCACAAACAGAAUAGAGACUCUGGAUCCUGCCCUCAUUCGACCUGGCCGUAUUGACCGGAAAAUUGAGUUCCCUCUACCGGACGAGAAGACCAAGCGGCGAAUCUUUACCAUCCACACCAGCCGUAUGACCCUUGCUGAUGAUGUGAAAAUUGAUGAUUACGUAAUGGCCAAAGAUGACCUAUCUGGGGCUGAUAUCAAGGCAAUCUGUACAGAAGCCGGUCUGCUUGCCUUACGUGAGCGUCGUAUGAAAGUCACUAACGAAGAUUUCAAGAACGCAAAGGAAAACGUCCUCUACAGGAAAAACGAGGGCUCCCCAGAGGGACUUUAUCUGUAAACAUUCUCAUUGUGGUUCAUAUAGUUCUUGAAAAACAGUAAAAUGGUGAUUUAAAGUCAUGGUUUGAGUGGUUGCAUAUAUAUAUAUAUGUUUAAUUAUUAUAAAUAACUAUCAACUUUAAUACUUUGGAGAUUCACAAUUAUUUACAAGGAAGAGAACCUAUUGUGAGAAUUUAAAUUUAUUUAAAGUAAGGAAACUUCUAUAUCUUCUAUUCAAUAUUGUGUAUAGAAUGGAAAUGACACUUAAGUAAGAAAUUGUGAACUAUGGAUGAAAAACAUGUGACAUUGUGAUUUGAAUUGCAAAAUAAAAUGUUAUAUUAAAUUAAAGUUUUUUGUCUGAAACGAAGACAGAUGAACCUGA